AUGGCGCGCUCCACCUGUAGCUGGCGCGCCGUGUUACCUUUUUGCGUGUGCACGCCAUGCAUCUCCCUGGUCCUGCUGUUCGCCUACGCUACCUUCGUGUUUAAUGCAGCCAUGAUUCGCUUAGAGGGGAGCGCAGUCGGGGACUCGGGACCUCUUCACUUUGUGGCCCCGGGAACUUUUAGUAACGGGAGCUUCACCCAACUCCCUAAAACUUUCUGGGAGCUCCAUUUGCACGGGGACGCCAUCUGGAACCGUCUCCAGCUGACCAUGGACCGCCAUUUUAACCCCAUUCUGAGACCUGAAAACAUCAAGAGGGCAUCUGAAAACCAUCCCUCUUAUGAGUCCCUACAGAAGCAAGGAUUCUCUGAAGUUACCAACUUGGACAGCAUGAGGAAUCAGCUACCACAGCAGAUACUAGAGUUUAUGAGCCACAUGCAUAUGAGAGACUACCCAGCCCUCAUCCAGCCAGAUGGAGUCUGUGGAGCCGGGGCAAAGGAGGAGAGGGAGGCCCCUCUCCUCCUCCUAGCCAUCAAGACAAUGGAGCAGAAUUUUAAGAACCGGCAGGCCAUUCGACAGACCUGGGGCCAGGCGGGAUGGGUAGCAGGGCAGUGGAGGAACGGUAAAGGAGGAGGAGAUGGUGGCGGACACGUCCGCAGGGUGUUCCUACUCGGGAAUGGAAGAAAUGGAAAUGCGGGCGGGAAUUUAUCCGAUGUACUGCGAAUGGAGAGCGAACAUCAUGGAGACAUCCUGCAGUGGGACUUCAGGGACACGUUUUUUAAUCUCACCUUGAAAGAUGUGCUCUUCUGGAGCUGGUUCUCCCGCUCGUGCAACCGGACUCUCUUCGUCUUUAAGGGGGACGACGACGUCUUCGUCAACACCCCGAGGAUGAUUACAUUCCUCCGGGACCAGCUAAAGAAGCCACAAGCUCACAAGACCAUUGGAGACUUCAUGAUUGGGGAUGUCAUAGCUGCAGGAUUACCAAAUCGAGUCUGCCAGUCCAAGUACUUUAUCCCAGAAGGCUUCUACAAGGGACAAUAUCCCAUGUACGCAGGCGGUGGAGGGGUGGUGUACUCAGGCCAGUUGACCAGACGCCUACUGCACGUGUCUAAAAGGGUCCACCUGUUCCCAAUCGAUGAUGUUUAUGUGGGGCUGUGUAUGCUUCGGCUCAACGCUCACCCGGUCCACCACCCUGCCUUCCUCACGUUUGACUUUCCUAAAGGGGAAAAGGAGACGCUGUGUUCGUAUCACACAAUCCUAUUGGUCCACAAGCGAAGCCCCGCCCAGAUAGUUAAACUGUGGGCCCAUGUGAAAACGAGCCAGGCCCAGUGUUGGGACACGCCCCUGAGAGGGCGGCUAGAAGGAAAACAAACCCCAACUUCCAUGUAG